AUGGCAGGGAAACUGGAGCAACAAUCGCUGGAACCCGGGGUCCAGGGUGAUGGACGCAGUUCCAAACAUCAGGAGCUCAGGUUACCCAGCCUCCCGCUCGAGAUCCAUGAAAUGAUUAUCGCAGAGAUCUCGCUUGCGGCACGGAAUGUACAAUCUGAGAAACAGUGGAGAGAAUUGGUGGGCAACAGCCUUUGUGUAUGCUGGUUCUGGAACACCACUUUAACAAAACAUCUCCUGAAAAACUGUAAUAUCCAAACAUUCCUUGCCUAUGCAAGGGAGCAAGCAAUUACUGAAAUGGCUGUAACCCGUUGGAUCGAUCAAGUGAGUGAAAACCGCAAUAGACCCCUGAUGAAGAGAAGGAUGUCCUCUGAGGAGGAUGACGGCUACUACAACGACGCCUGCGAAGGACAAUGGGAUGAGGACGAGGCUCCGACUAACUCCCCUGCUCUCAGAUAUAGCAACAACUCUGUUAUCAUCACCGCUGCCUGCAAUCUGAAACAGGAACUCCCCUUUUACGUCAUUCUCGCAACAUCGCGCGGCUUCUCCCACUGCUUGCGCUCACUAAUAAAUGUGCGUGUCUCCGUCGGCAUUAGCAUCUCUAACGAAGAUUUUCAGAGGACAAGGUUGAUGCAUGAAGCCGUCCGGAGCGGGACAUUGGAAACCGUCAACCUACUCCUAGGCCGCGGCAUAGAUGCUAGCGACAGAAGCAGGACAGUUACAAGCGUUCAACCUUACUACAUGUUGCCGAUUGCGAUGGCUGUCCAGAGAGUACAUGUUGAUAUCGCUGAUGUUAUCCUCAGCUGCUCCUUAAAACAUUAA